CUGAGGAGAAGCAAAGGAUGAUGGGAGUUUAGAGCAGCAGAUAUGUUGGAGCUGGAGGAUCCUUCAGCUGCUUUCUGUAGUCUGAUGGUGGUUUUAUAGUUUUAUAAAGUCCAGUCAGGUGUGAUCUAAACAGGUGUAUCUGGACAGGUGUAUCUGAGCAGGUAAUCACUCUGAUUGAUGCUCCUGAGGACGAACCACGGACCUCAACACUGACUCGGCGAGCCCCACCCCUCCACCAGGAGGAGGUCAGCGGGCAGAAGGAGGUCCAGAGCAGCAGAAGGUGGUCCAGCAGCUCUGGUUCAUCGUGGUGAUGGCCGCCGUGGCUCUGCUGCUGAUGGCCGUGGUCCUGGGAGUCCUGCUGCACAAAGCCCUGAACAGACCCCCGUUCUCCAGAGAGCGCCCCCCACUGCCCAUCCAGAAGAGGAACCCGGCAGCUGUUUAUCCGGCCAGCAGCUCUGCUCUGUUCGACACGGUUCCUGAUACGACAGGAUUCUCCAACACCGUGACCCUGAGGGGCUUCACCAUGAGGAUGGAGGAGGUACCCGAGGCUAAACUCCACCCUGCUAAUGACGCCCCUCCUCCAGGUGAACUGGGCAUGCUCAGUGUAAACGCCCUGAGACGCAGUGUCAGCCAGGUGAUGGACGGAAAGUCUCUGACCGAAGAUGACGACGUCUGGGACCCCAACGUCUCCGGCCACGAUAGCGGGAUGUUUAUGGACGACGAGGAGUUUGUUGACACCAUUAAAGGCUUCAGCACCGUGAGGAAGGAACACACCAUGUUCACCGACACCAACCUGUGACCCGACAGAACCUGGACUAGAUUAGUUAGAGGACACGUCCUCAAACGUACCUGAAGUUCCUGAGUGGAGUGUUCCAGACGUCUGCAGGAAAAUAAAGAGAACAUGGUGCUGCAUGUUUGGACAAUGGAGUGGAAGGAGGAAACAUCUGGUUUAGUCAAAGGACAGAACACAAACUGGAAAAGACAAAAGAACCAGAAGAUGGACAAUCUUACAAUUACCCUUUUUAUUCACGAUAUUUUGCAGAGAACCUUCGGUGUUUUUGUACUUUUUCUGUUUUUCAUCUGAAAAGCUCCUGAAGUCGUCUUCUCUGUAUUUGGGAUGUUCUUUGGUAAAACCUGUUGAGAACUUUGAGAGGCUGGUGGACGCAGUUUGUAAAGUGCCAUGAAGUUAGUCAAUGGUGGAAUUACUGUUUUUUUUCUCAAAAAUCAACACUGAACAAAUACUGCUGAGCCACAACAUCAAAACCAGCUGAACAUUGUGGUUGGUCGAGUUGAGGCUUCCAUGGAUCAGACUUUUCCUCGUUCAUCGAACAGAAUCUUUACUGAAAUGAGAUCUGGGGAAUUUGUAAAGUUCUACAAAGUUCUACUAGUGUUUUCAGGUAGUUCUCUUCCAAGUUCUCCAAAUGUUCUUCUUAAAGUCAGGAUAAAUCUCUCCAAAAAUGUCUUGAACCAUUUGCUGAAUGUUAUUGAGGUGGGGAUGUUUUAUGGAAGAUCUUUCUAGAAUGUGUUCCCUCAAAACAUCCUCAGAACAUAGUAGGUAAAACGUUCUUAGUUAAAAUAUCACAUUAAAAGAACGUUCUGUCUUUAGAGGCCUCGAUGACAUCUUGAAGACAUUUCUUGAUGUUGGUUUAAGGAGAUUCUUCUUGUGUAACGUCAUCUAAAUGGUAAAAUGUUCUUUUAACAUUGACCCUGAACAUUUAAACUUGCUGAAAACAUCUAGAGGUCUUCGUUAGGUUCCUCAAAUCUUUCCUGAGCAGUUUUUGUGCUCUGAAGCUGUGUUUUGGUGUCGAAUUAACAUCUACAUGAUUGUAGAACUUGAGGUUUCCCAGCAGAACUUUGCAUUGGUAGAAGAUAAUGUUAUUCACAUUACAUGUCAGUUGUUUUAAUGUUGAGGCUCACUGUAAGAACUUAAAUGUCCAGAUAAACGGAUUUAGUUUGGUCAGAUGGAAGAAAUUCAGCUACUAAGUCCUGUUUGAUUGAUUCCAGUAUUGAUCUGAUGCCUUAGUUUAUGUAAAAACUAGCAAAACACUGACUUUAGACACCUGGUUUCUGCUUUACUGGCCAAUGUUUCAUACUUCAGAUUUCUUCUUCAAGCAAAGUCUUAAAUUGAUCAAGACACCCUUUCACAAUAAAAGCUCAGCACUCAUUAGCCUGAAUAUGGAUCUGGUGAAAUUUCAUUUGAACGUCUUCCAAGUCAUCGACAUAUUUCUUAAUCUACAUCAUUUAAAAACACAAAACCUCCAAAUUCAAAUAGUUUAAACCGUUUUAAGACAACAAAAACACAUUAGCAGUUCCUUACUUUGUAAUAAGACAGCAAAAAUGUAGCUUCUUGUAUUUUCUGUCAUAUACAGGUUGAACAAAAGCUUUUAGUUUUUCAUUUUAAAUGUAGUUUUUUGUAGAAAGAGGUCAGAGUUCAGGGGUGAAUGUGUUCCUGAAAAAAGAAAAAAUAUCUUUGGGUUGAAGCUUGGAACAGAACUUGCUAUGGAAGAUUAAAAAGAUUUGAAACUUUCAGACAUAUUAGUCUGUUGUAACUUAUUUAAAUUCAAACGAGUAUCACAAAUUUGAUGACUGAGAUUCUUUUAGCAAACCAAAAGGAUCAUUAAUGGGUUAAGAAAAUUAUCCAUUAAUAAAUAAAAUGCUGCAGAUGCACGUUUUCUAGGUUUUUGCUUCAUUUUGAUAUUAUUAAUAAAUCCUGUAUUUAA